CAUUGUCACUUGGGAAAAAUAAGGAAAUAGGUGGGGUUGUUUCUCCACUCUCCCUAUUUCCCACUAUAACUCAACCUUUUUGAUUCUUUUUUUUUUUUUAGCCUUUUGACAUACUUAGGUGUUCAGUUCGAUGACAUUUCUACCUGUAAUCGCAGGUUUUCAACUCAGCGUCUCCGAUCAGAUAAAAGGAUGACAUUUCCACUCGUAAUCCACAAAGGUUUUGGGAAUAAGUUGAGGGUGGGUUUCGUUCCGCGCUCCUUACUCGUACUUGAAUGCAAUCUGCAGAUACUAUUUAGUUCUACGUUCUUUGUUGAGGUGAAUUUUUCUGUUUCUGUCCAUAUGAAUGGUCAAUAACCUCAUGAGAAAGGGCGAAUAGCAUCUUCCUAGUUUCGUCGAUCAAGUGGUUGUAAGAAAAUUUUAGCAGAAAGAUACCAAGUUGAGACUUAGAACGUCUAUCAGGUGAGUCCAACGCCUCAACUAUCUAUGCUGCUACCUUGUUGCUCAACCAAUAUCCAAUUUUGCUGGUGCACAAGAGUGAGAAAGGGUCGGGAGAGGGGCUCUUGCUCCCAAGUUAGGCUAAGUGCAAGCUUUUUUUCAUUUCUUUAUUAGUACAAGGAAGGCUUUUAAAAGCUGAGAGAAAAGAAAGAUAAGUGGAAGCAAGCCAGUAAUUAUGGUGAAUGAGAAGUGGACUUGGUGGCUUUAUUCCCCCUCUCUUUCUGCCUUGACUUGUACUAUGACAGCUGCAGAUGAGUGCUGCUGACUGAUUUCCUUUUCCUUUUCUCGACUCCAAAAGAACAAAAUAUUUGGCACCAUAUUCAGAACAAAUCUCAUAAUGCAAGAUAGAAAGCUUGUCUCGAAUUCCCUUAAGGCUGGAUUUUGGAGCUGCUGCUGGUGUAGUUGGCCUUCAUCAUUUGGCCACUAGUAUAAAGCCUUGUACUGUAGUACUUAUUUUUCUUCUGAUUUCUUAACCAGCUUUAACCAAAUGGUGCUGGCUUCCCUCUUGCACGGGUUGAAGGUCGAUAAUCAUCAUGACCGAGAGGUCCACUAUUCGAAACUUAUAAUCAACCACCCACAGCAACACCAGGAGGAAAGGAAAAAGCAGUUCUUGCUUUUUUGCGGUUUUGAUGACUCCAAGGCAGCAGCAGACCCACCUGGAGUUGCAUCUUUCCUGAAAUAUAUUCUGCUUUUCCAUACCUGCCUGCUUUAAAUCUCAUCAUGUCUUCAACACUUUCAAAAGGGACAUCUUAGACCAUUCACAAUUUGUUUUUGGCAAUCAGUCUUUCAAAAUUUCAUAUUCGAUCAAUACUGUUUGUGCCACUAACUUUGCCAAGAGUUUGAAACGACAAAAUCAAUGAAAACACGAAUAAUCAUACGAGGAUUUGAACUGUGACGUGGCAAUGAACUCGAGAUGUAUUAAAAGUGUUCUGGAAUCUCUUUGAAGUGGGUUGUUGCUUCACCACCACGUGCUGUUUGCAUAUUUGUAUAACCUUAAUCUCUCCUUUAAUAUUAGCUCCAUGUACUUUGGACCACAGACAAGUUUGUCAGGUUCAACGUGGGUUACAUUUGCAUUACUUCUCCAACCAAUACCACCUGGAAAGAACAAAAUCUUUACUGGUUUUAUCAUGAACUCUUCUCCAUCUCCCAGACUCCCUCAAUAGAAGAAGCACAGACAGAGCUCCCUGGGCAGCUGAAACCAAAAUGGAUAGCUCACAGUUAGAGCCAUUUUUGGUCAAUUCCUGUAACAACAAUCAUCUUGCAAAGGGUGGCUUCAGGGCCUUGCCCUUCAUCAUAGUAACUGAUGGAUUGGAGAAAGUGGUGACUUACGGUCUCGGUGCAUCGAUGAUUCUCUACUUGACGAGAGAGUAUGGCCUGGAAAAUGCUGAUGGUGCCCAAGUGAUGUUCAUAUGGACAGCUGCUAUUAACUUCACCCCUGUUCUCGCGGCCUUCCUUGCUGAUUCUUAUGUGGGUCGCUACUGGAUGAUUGGCUUUGGAUCCAUUGCUUCCAUUCUGGGAAAUGUUCUCUUAUGGCUAACAGCUGCAAUUCCAGAAGCCAGGCCUCAACCCUGUGUUGAUCCAGACUCCACAGACAGCUGCAGACUGCGAGCCACGACGCCACAGCUGCUGUUCUUAUACGUGUCAUUAGGCCUCAUCUCGAUCGGUUCAGGGAGCAUGAGAUCAUCCUGCAUGGCAUUUGGUGCUGAUCAGAUGAUGGGAAGCACCAAAAAGAGUUCAUCAAGAGUGCUAGAGAGCAUCUUCAGCUGGUACUACAUUUCCACAUCGAUUUCGAUUCUGUUGGCCGUAACUGUCAUAGUUUACAUCCAAGAUUCAGCUGGUUGGGGUGCUGGAUUUGGAGUUUGUGUGGUGCUCAUGGUACUGUCUGCACUUUCCUUCUUCUUAGCUUCUCCAUUCUACGUGAAGCCAGCAGCCAAAGCAAGCUUGGUCACUGAACUUGCUCAAGUUGUUGUAGCUGCCUGGACAAAGAGAAGUAUCAAGCUGCAGCCACCUCAAUCAACCACACUAGCUUAUCAUCAUCGCCACCAUCAUUCCAAUGCUGCAACAAUGAAUUCAGAGCCAACUGAGAAGUUGAGGUUUCUAAACAAGGCCUGCAUCAUUCAACACCCUGAACAAGAUCUUACCCAAGAAGGCAAACCAACGAAUCCAUGGCGCCUCUGCACAGUACAACAAGUCGAAGACCUCAAAUCCGUAAUCCGAGUGAUCCCCAUUUGGUCAGCAGGAAUGCUUAUGUCCGUCACAGCGUGCCAGCAAUCCAUCCAGCUGCUACAACUCGCCACCAUGGACCGCCACAUCACCCCCGAAAUCGAAAUCCCAGCAGGCUCCUUCAGCAUCUUCCUAAUGCUCACAUUACUCAUAUGGGUCCCUUUCUACGACCGAGUCAUCAUCCCUCUAGCCUCCACCCUCAAAGGCAGACCCAUUUCCCUGCCCCUGAAGAAAAGACUGGGACUUGGGAUCCUGCUCUCCUCUGUCUCCAUGGCCGCACUAGGCCUAGUGGAGAGCAUUCGUCGAGCCAGGGCGCUCGACGAGGGGCUCUCCAAUGAUCCCAACGGCAUGGUGGACAUGUCUGCAAUGUGGUUCCUGCUGUACUACGUGCCGUUUGGGGUUGCAGAGGCGUUCAGUUACAUUGGACAGAACGAGUUUUACUACAGCGAGCUGCCGAAGAGCAUGGCCAGCAUCUCCACGACCCUGUACCAGAUGGGGUUAUCGGUGUCGAAUUUGGUGGCGAGUUUAGUGUUGAGCAUGGUGGAUCAUGCGACGAGCGGUGGUGGUGGUGGUGGUGGAAGGGAAGAAGGGAGCUGGGUUGGGAGCAAUAUUAACAAGGGGCAUUAUGAUUACUACUACUGGGUUCUGGCUUGUUUUUGUGUUGGGAAUUUUGUGUACUAUGUGGCUUGUUCCAAGGGUUAUGGCCCAUGCAAGGGUGAGGUGACAAUGGAGGAGUUGGAUGGAGAGUGAAACCAGUAGAGGUUAGUAGAACAUGAUGUCAUGACCUAGUCCAAAUAGCAUUCCUAAUCCUAUUAGGAUAAGGAUUCUUAAUAAAAUAAAAUUGGUACUCCGAUGAGGAAAACUCAUCUUAUUUACUGUUGGGAUAGUUAUCUAUUGAGUCGAAAUCUUUUAUCAUGUAAGGAUUCGUUUUUUAUUUAAUAGAUAAGGAUCAGUAAUCAUAUAACGAUUUUUAAUAGAAUAAAAAUGAGGUUCUACUUUGUUAUUCCAAUUAAGACUUGUAAUCAAACUAGGAAAGGAACUUUAGAUUGUGAAUUGUCUAAGGAAUUUGUACUAUAAUGAUUCCUAGUUUUAUUAGGAAAAGAAUUGACUGAAAUAAAUUUUACAUUACUUG